AUGAAUUUAAAAUUUUUACCCAUAUUAUUUUCAAUUAUUUUUACAGUAAGAAGUGAAUCUGAAGCAUGUUCAACUUGUUAUACUAUUGUUUCAUUGUUACAUCAAAUAUGGGGAAGUAAUACAGUUGAUAGUUGUUUAGCUGAUGCUCUAACUUUUGUUUGUGAUAAAUUAAAAAUUGAAGAUAAUUUUGUUUGUCAAGGAAUUGUUGGUAAAUUUAAAGAUGAAUUUUUUUAUAUAGCUGGAAGGUUAAUUGUAAAUCCUGAAGAAAUGUGUAGUCUUAUUAUAAAAGAUUGUGGAAAACCAAUUUUAGAGCUUGGAUCAAAUUGGACUAUUCCAAUUCCAGGAAAUAAACCUUCAGUAAAGGUACCAAAAUUACCUGAUAAUUCAAAACCAAAAUUAAAAGUACUUCAUAUAUCUGAUAUACAUAUUGAUUCUCAAUAUACACCUGGUACAGAAGCUGAAUGUAGUGAACCCCAAUGUUGUAGACCACCAAAAGAUAUAAAUGAAAUUGUUUUAAAAAGUGUUAAUGUUUCUGCUCCAAAAUGGGGUCAUAUUGGUCAUUGUGAUGUCCCAUAUGCUACAUUAGAAAAUAUGUUACAACAUAUUUCUAAGACACAUAAUGAUAUAGAUUAUAUUGUUGUUUCUGGUGACUUAGAAUCACAUGCUGAUUGGGAUUAUACUAAAGAGGGACAUGUUGAAACAAUUAGAAAUAUUACUUCUCUUUUUAAAACAUAUUUUCCAAAUAAAAAAACUUAUAUGGCUGUUGGAAAUCAUGAAGGUGUUCCAAUAGAUAAUUUUGCAUUACAUAACGUUCCGGAACGAUUUAAUAUGACAUGGUUAUAUGGAUCAAUGGCUGAUAACUGGAAACCAUGGAUACCUUCAAAUCAAUUAGAAGUUGUAAGAUAUAUGGGAUGUUAUACAACACAACUUUAUAAAGGACUUCGAUUAAUUUCACUUAAUAAUGCUUUAGGUGAUGCUGUUAACUUUUUCCUUUAUAUAAAUCAAACUGAUCCUGAUGGUAGUAUGUCAUGGUUUGCAAAACAAUUAGCUGAUGCUGAAGCUGCUGGUGAUAAAGUUCAUAUUGUUGCUCAUAUUCCUGGUGGUGAUAGUGAAGCAUUAGAGGGAUGGGCAAGAAAUUAUUAUAAUCUUAUAAAUAGAUAUGAAAAUAUUGUAAUGGCUCAAUUUUUUGGACAUACACAUUCUGAAGAAUUUUAUUUAACUUUUAUUGAUAUGAAUAAUGGUAGAAGUAGACCAACAUCAGUUAUUUAUUCAGCACCAUCAGUAACAACAUAUAGUGAAUACAAUCCUGCUUACAGAAUUUAUACUGUUGAUGGAAAUUAUGAAGGUUCUUCAUUCCAAUUACUUGAUUUUGAAGAAUGGUUUUUAAAUUUAACUACACAAGGAAAUGCUGAAUCACCAGUAUGGGAACAACUUUAUUCAUCUGUUAUAAAUGAAUAUUCUCUUACAUCAUUAAGACCUACUGAUUGGAAUAAUCUUUUAAAUCAUUUCAUGAAUUAUGGUAAAGAUGAUAUAUUAUUUCAAAGAUAUAUUAAAAAUUACUAUCGUCGUAGUAAUAUGGAAUGUGAUGAAUUAUGUUAUAGAAAACAUUUAUGUUCAAUUCGACAAGCUCAUCAUAGUGAAUCAUUAUGUGAUGAUAUUCCAUUAAGUAUACAAAAAAGUUUAGAUAAAAAAAGAAGAAGAAAGACAAAAUAUACAACUAAGACUGAUUUUAGUCAUUUACCAAAAAAUAUUGAAGAUUUAAAAAGAUACAUUAUCAAUGAAAUACCUAAAGAUAAAUGUAGUAUGUAA